GCUCUGCAUCGUGAAGGUCGAAGACGCUGAAGAUUGGACUGUUCAUUGCGUGGAGUCUUAAGGAGGACCGGGCCACCAUAAAUGAGGUUCCAGGUCCAGUGAAGAAGCGUAGGGGGUUCCAACCUAGCCUCGGCCUGCAGGUAGUUGCAGACACAGAAAGGGCAGCUGAAGAUCUCCUGAAUGACCACAGUGACACUGCCUAACAGUCAGCUGAAAGCGAACUGGUCAGCAUGCGUAAUUUGACACAUUAUCGUGAGCAUUCUCGUGCCAAAGCAAUUAAGAACAAUAAUCUACGACAAGAGAACUAUACCGGAUAAGCAAGGAGAGCUGGUGCUGUGUGUGCACACCGGCCAUCCUUGAGACUACUGGUACCCCUGUGAGAUGCGGGCAAAUUUGAUCUGGGCAUCUGGCCUUUGUGCAGUGCUUACUGAAGGCAUUUAGGGAAGGCAUUGAGAGUGUCAGUACCUGUUGAACUCCGUUUAGAGCUCUAUGCGUGGGUGGGUGUUAGGGUGUGCGAGCUGGAGAGAGAGAGAGAGCUAUGUGUGGGUGGGUGUGAGGGUGUUCGAGCUGGAGAGAGAGAGAGAGAGAGAGAGAGAGAGAGAGAGAGAGAGAGAGAGAGAGAGAGAGAGAGAGAGAGAGAGAGGAGAGAGAGAGAGAGAGNGGAGAGAGAGAGAGAGAGAGAGAGAGAGAGAGAGAGAGAGAGAGAGAGAGAGAGAGAGAGAGAGAGAUGUAAGGAAACCAAGAAAGCACAACGAAGUUAGGGAGGAUGCAUGUGUGACCUAAAUUUGAUAUACGACAGUGCACGUAAUCUGUGUAAGAUAUCUGGUCAUUGGUUACAAUGGCAACAUCAUCCUCAGAAAUGCAAUCGCCUGUCAUGGCCAUGCCCACAAUGGACAGGGAAGCCUUCCUGAAGAUGGCAAAAUACCCUCUUGUAAAGCAUUCGGAUAUGGUGGAAGAGGUGCGGCUUGAAGCAGUGGAGAUGGUGAUCACAGCCAUUGAAAAGCAUGGCACUAACUAUGAGCUUGGGGCUAGGAACAUAAAAGAUAUAAUGGACAAGAAGUUUGGUGGUCCUUGGCAUUGUGUGAUCGGCGAGUACUUUGCAUUCCACAUUACGCAUGAAGUCAAGACCUUCCUGUACAUGUUUGCCUCUGGUUGUCAUGCCAUAAUUUUAUGGAAGGGAUAGUAUCAUAGUUGUGUGAAUGUCAUCGUGCUAUUGCAUAACAGCCAAAUCUUGAGAAAGACAGAGUGGCAGGCAGCAGGAGGAAGGUUACAAAUUCCAGCAGGAAGCAGUGCGAGAUGGAUGUGAAAGGGUGAGAGAGAGAAGUGGUGGCGGGGAGGAGGAUGCCUGGCAUCGAGAGCGGAGAUUGUGAAUUGUGGUUAAUCCAAUGGUCACUGUCCCUUUCUCCUAUGAAUAUUCAAAAAGAGACGGGGGCAAACAAGGAACAGAGAUUGACCUCACUUGGGCCCCAAACGGUUUACAAAUAUGGCCAUUCGUUUUGUUUGGGCCUGCGGUGUUCAACCUGUGCCUGGUUUCAGUUAAUGCCUUGUAAACAGGCCCCAGCGUGUAUCACACUUCUUUUUUUUGGCCGUUUGCUCUCUGCUGCUUGAGUUUACAACCCUGAAGAUUCAUUCUGUCCGGGUUCAGCUGCAGUUCACUUUGAGGUACUGGUUUCUUGGUCUGCCGCAGUCACCGGAGCAAACUCAGACAUUCAUUUUUACUGGGCCCAAUGUCCGUGUGGUCUGUCUAGAAACGGGGAUAGUUUUUUUGAUGUACAGGUGGUCCCCAAGGGCCUGCGGCAAUCUACAAACUCAGAGUGGUACUUCAAGCUUGGUAGUCACGGACGACCACCUCCCACCUAUCCUACACAUUCAAUCAAGGUUGUCCAUGCAAAGCUAUAGUAAAGGUGCACAGGGUCU